AUGACAAAUGCAGAAACACGUUUCCGUUUCAGCGUACCUUUUAACGCCGCGGACAGUCCCAAUCCGUUAGUAACCGCUACUCACGCGGUUUUUAUCGGAACGGGACACAAAGCACCAGCAGCUGUCGUAGGUUUACAGUUUCAACAUUCUUCACUGGCCUCUCGCUUCGUCAAUAUUACUUCGACGUGUAGCGGUACGAAUUGCAAGAAAAAUUGCGCCUCCGACGCGUUAGACUGUUACAUCUUGGACAAUAACGGAUUCAUUAUAAUCAGCGAACGUCAUGAGCAUACUGGAAAAUUUUUCGGCGAGAUCGACGGCACUAUAAUGGAUUCGCUAGUUCAGGACAGAAUCUAUAGAAAAGUAACAGUGACCGAUUAUCAAGGUAUAUGCAGUCCACAAGAAUCUCAUCAAUCGUCCGCAUCGAGGACGUUCUCGGAAUCUGUCGCGAAAACGAUCGCGAUAUUGGGAAAUUUUCUUUGGAGCAUGGCAUUUGGCUUUAAUUUUCAAAAUUUAUGGCAAGUCGCAUUCGCAUUCGCCGGUGAAUCCGUGAGACCUCUGGACGAUUCGAUCGGACAAGUUCACGAAUUCGAGUCAUUGGCGAUAGACGGAGGAGGAGAACCGACGGACGAACCAAUAUCGGAUGGAAAUUUUCCAAGGCUUCCGACCAUUACCGCUGCAACCCCUGCGUCUCCUGGUACAACACGAGCUACGUCCACGCAUCAUUUACGAACAAGGCUAAGAUCAUGCGAGAAAAAAACGGAUCUUUAUAUUUUACAACCCGAUAGAUUGAAUACCAGCGGACAAAGUAAUCCGUUGAAAGGGAAAUUAACCAAUUGUCAUGACACCGGUUGCGAAAGGCCAUUCAGCGUACAAAAGAUUCCCCAUACGAAUUUGAUUUUGCUGGUAGUGGACACGUUGUGUCCAUGUGGAAGUAAACAAUUGAGCAUCGAACCCAUAGAGGCUCUGACAGAACCCGGUGCUUGCAUCGCGAGAAGAGAACGUUUGUACCGGCGCAGACCUCCCAAAUGUAUAAAUUAUCAUCCAGAAGAAAUGGAGAUCAAAUUUUGCGGUAGCGCGAAUCGUCCCUGUCAUUUCUUCUUCUUAUUCAUCGUCGCAAUUGUUUCAAGCACUCUCGCGUGACUUUGUUCCAAUUGACGAUUCUAUUAUACAUAUACACGCACACACAUUUAACAUACGGACGGAUAGAUAGACGAAGACAGAUACGGACGGACGAAUAGACGGACAGACAGACGGAUAUGAGAGACAGACAAAUAUGAAUACAGAUAUCCACGAAUUAACGUUUUUGAAAUGAAUUUAGCGUUGCCGUUUCUAUGAAACAGUUAUAAAAAUGAUAUACUAGUUUAUCGGUUUAAUACCUAUAUAAUUGAGUAAUACGUGCAUAAGAAUGAACGAGCGAGUGCACGUGUAUAUACAUAUUCAUAGAUAUAUUCGUACGUGUAUGCGUGCGUACAUAUGUACGUAUAUACGUACGUAUAUAUACGCGUAUGCACACAUACAUACACACACACAUACAUACAUAUAAAUAUACAUACAUAUAUACAUACUUGCAUAUUUGGAAGGAGGUUUACGCGUGUAAAUUACAGUCAUACAUACGUAUAACACGCGUUUGUAUGACUGUAAUUUACACGUAUUCGUGUACAUACACGUGCACUCUACGUGUACGUAACAAUCACGCAUGCACACGCAUAAGUCUCGCAUAGGCAUGCGUGUGUAUGCGCACAAAAGAGACGUGUACAUAUUCAAAUACAUAAUAUUAAUGUUGAUCUAUGAUUACAUAUCCCAUUAUAAAUUUUGUUGCAAAGAGAUUGUGAAUAUUUCCUAAUCGUAUCUAAGUCAGUAACAUAUGGAAGAAAAAAAAAAAAGUAAGUUAAAGUCACGUGUAAUCACGAAGCGUGGAUCGAGCAGAGUGGAAACGACAAUACGCAUAAACAUUUAAGGCGAUUUCUUAAUAAUCCGGCUAUAAUAAUCAUGGCGAUAAGCGCGAUCCUUCUUGGUCGAGUUUUUUUUCUUUUUCUUCGAGUUAAUCGCGUCUAGCGAGAACCGUUUCAUUUAUUCAUUAUUACAAUUUAAUCGAAACAUUGUCGUCGUUUCCAUAUUUUCCGAGAUCGGUACACGAAUCAAACGUUCAUCAUUUAUAAAUCACGCGUAAGCGUACGACAUAUGUAUAUAAAACUUACGAGUGUGAUUAGUUAUUAUUAAUGAUCCGAGCGCGUACAUUGAUCGUCGAAGUAAAAAUGGAAAAUGAAAAAUUGUAUCAAAGCUGUUCCUAUUUCGUGACACAUUCCUUCAUGUUCGAAAGAAUAAGCAAAAAAAAAAAAAAAAAAAGAAAAAAAAAGAAAAAAAAAGAAACGAGGGGAGGGAAAGUUUAUCGAAACAUAAGUUAGAACGUUGCAUAACGAUAUCGCGUCAUUCGACACUCGCGUUUGGAAAUAACGGACCUGCACUCUCGUUUCACGCCAUCGAAUUUUCGAUGUAAUUGCCAAAAAAUAUCGAUUCUAUAUUCUCGCUCAUAUUCUACUUACGCGUGCGUACGUCUUCUUCAGACGACAAUAUUACGAUAAAUGUACCGCACGUUGCGCAUAGUUAAACUUUGAUAUUACGCUUGCAAUUAUUAGGGCAAGUAUCGAUUAUACUUUUUUCUUCCUCUUUUUCGAACGUUACGCGGCAUGAUACACAAUACGGAACAACGUUCUACGAUUUAAAUUCCAAAUUAUCGCUUGUUACAUUAGAGAAGCACGAUAAAAGACAUUCGACAAUAGCGUGGAAAACAGAGAAACAAUAGAGAAGAAAAGAAAGAAAAAAUAUCGGUCGCGUACGAGGCUCGAAAAAAAAUCAAGGAUCGACGAGCAAAUCGAACGUAGCGUUUUUCUUUUUUGUCAACGAUGAGGUAAAGAGAAGGUAAAACGUGGAACACGUUUACGACAAACUAUCGAUCGAAAGAAAA